CCACGAGGCGGCUGGAUGUCGCGGGUGUAUGCGGACGCCAACGCAAUACGUGGCAAGUCGUGGUACGAGUACAAUAAGUUCAAGAUAGAAUGGUCUGCUCCCGACCGCUACGAAAUAAUUCGCCGGAUUGGUGGUGGAAAGUACUCUGAGGUUUUCGAAGGUGUAGACACGGUCAACAACGACCGCUGCGUAAUCAAAGUCCUUAAACCAGUGGCGGGUCAUAAAAUCAAACGCGAGAUCAAGGUUCUCCGUAAUCUUGCUGGCGCUCCGAACUGCAUCUCUUUACUAGACGUGGUUCGAGAUCCCUCACGAUUAUACCACAGUCUGGUCACCGAGUAUGUUGACAACACUGAAUGGAGCCAACUCUAUACUCGCCUUACCGAUCCCGACAUUCGCUACUAUAUGUUCCAGCUACUUGUAGCACUCGAUUUCGUGCACUCUCACGGAAUAAUGCAUCGUGACGUGAAGCCCGCCAAUGUAAUGAUUGACCACCAACGUCGUGAACUUCGUCUUAUCGAUUGGGGGUUGGCUGAAUUUUAUCAUCUGGACGAAGAAUACCACGUGCGGGUCGGUUCGCGACACUAUAAGUCCCCAGAGCUGCUCGUCGGUUACAAGCGCUAUGACUAUAGUCUUGAUCUUUGGAGCACUGGAUGCAUGUUUGCUUCGAUGAUCUUCCGCAAGCAACACUUUUUCCGUGGGUCAGACAAUGAAGACCAAUUGCUCAAGAUCAUGCGCGUUCUUGGGACAGACAAGUUCGACACUUACCUCAAGGCGUACGAUAUUCCUUUUGAAAGUGACAUCGAAGAACUUCUGGGAAACUACCCCGUCAAACCUUGGUCUCGUUUCAUCACUCAAGAAAACCAGCCUCUCGCCCUUCCUGAAGCCGUCAAUCUUCUCGACAGGCUCUUACGAUUCGAUCCACGCGAGCGAUUCACUGCCAAAGAAGCGAUGGCAAACCCUUACUUCGCCACUCUCUUCAAUGGCCGUGAACGCGAACUCCGCCAAUUGAUCCAUCUGCUUUUGACUCAAGCUGCACGAGUGGCCAUCCUGGGCCCCGGUGGAACGGGAAAGACGAGUCUUGCUGUCGCCACGCUCCAUGACGAGGACAUAGCGAAGAAAUAUCCAAACCGACAUUUCAUUCCAUGCCGCGACUCCGCAUUCACCGUUUCCCAUCUUACCACGAUCAUUGGCAUUAACCUUGGCCUUGAACCCGCAUUCCGGACGCGCCAGGGAAUCAUACGGCACCUUACGGAGAAAUCGUCAUCCUUGCUCGUCUUGGACAACUUCGAAACACCAUGGGAACCCCAAGAAAAUAGACCCGGCGUUGAGGAUUUUGUCUCUGCCUUGUCUGAUAUUCCACAUGUGGCCCUUGUGAUGACCAUGCGAGGUACCGAGCGGCCUAGCAAGACGCUUUGGACGCGGCCAUUCAUGCCUCCUCUCGAACCGUUGUCAGACGUUGCUGCCCGCCAAACUUUCCUCGACAUUGUUGAUGAACAGGAUGAACCCGGAAUUGUCGAUGAUCUUCUCGCCCUGACGGACAAUGUCCCCCUUGCGGUCAACCUUGUCGCUCGAGUUGCCGCAGUUGAAGGCUCCGCGAAAACCCUUGAGCGUUUCAAGGUAGAGAGGACAGCAACUUUGAUUGACGGAAACGACAAGCGGUCCAAUAUCGAGACUUCAAUCCGCAUCUCUCUGUCCAGUCCACGAAUCAAAUCAUCUCCUCACGCACAAGAGCUUCUCAGUCUUGUGUCACUCUUACCUGACGGGAUUUUUGAUGUCGAUCUUCUUCCAAGUCGGCUGCCCAUUCCUGAUGUCCUUUCUCACAAGACAAUAUUGAUUCGAACCUCGCUCGCCUAUGCAGAUCCUUCAGGAAGGCUGCGUGUAUUGGCUCCCAUUCGAGAGUACAUCCAAGUUGCUCAUCCGCCAAUGCCUCUUACCUUACGUCGCCUCCGCCUCCACUUCCACAAUCUCGCCGAACUAUGGGAUGCGUUCGUUCAUCGUCGUACUCUGGCCACCGAUCUUUACCCUCGCCUCACAGCGAAUAUGGGAACAUUCACCAACUACUUCUCCAUGGGCUGGACAAUGACCCCGAAGAUCUGA